AUGGACGACGACGGUUCUGGAACGAUAACUGCUAACGAGGUCGCUCAAAUGUUAUGUGGAUUCGGCUGCGACGUAUCCCCGAAGGUUGUCCAAGCCGUGAUGCGAUCGUCUGAUAAAAGUGGAGACGGAGAGAUCGACUUCGAGGAGUUUCUCGCCGCUGUCACGUCCAAAAUAAAGCUUAACGAUUGCAAAGCUGACAUUCACGCCAUGUUCGAGAAGUUUGACCGAAAUAAGGAUGGAUUGCUCUCCGCUGAAGAAUUGGUAGUGGCAUGGAGUGAAACACUGAAAACGAGAAUAACAGUCAAAGAGGCGGCCGCGUUGAUACAGCAGGCGGAUUCUGAAGGAAAAGGUGCUGUUACGGUCAAUGAGUUCAUCACGAUGUGUCAAACAGUGUGA